AUGUUAACCCAUGCUCCCGACGAGCUUCGUGACCACCUCUAUGUCAGGGCAUUUAUCUUUCCGGAUCCGUCGGCAGGGAGCUACAUUGUGGUUCUCAUCCACGGUCCAGAAGGUGAGCUUUCGUUUGCAAGGAUAGGAGAUUGUAAGUGGACCUUGCUGCCCCCUGGUUGGGACUAUAAACAAUGCAUCUACAUGCAUGAUCUAUUGUAUGCAUUCACGGGAACGGGAAGAAUUGAUGCUUUUAAUCUCAGUGGCCCUACCGUCACGAGGAACAUAAUUAUAGAUGAGAUUGACAAUUACAUUAGCCGGGACAUGUGGUAUGUUGUUCAGGCACCGUGGGGCGGUCUGCUGCAAGUCUGCAGGGAGGAUGAACUCAUAGAUGCAGGUUAUGAGGAGCUCAUAGUUAAAACUAGAAAAAUCUUGUUAUACAAAGUUGAUAUGGCAGCAAAAGCGCUUGUGGAAAUAAAUGGCUUGCAUAAUCACGUGUUGUUUCUUGGGCGUAACCAGUCGCAGUACCUUAGUGCUGAAGAAUAUCCGCAACUGAAGGAAAAUUGUGUCUAUUUCGCAGAUGAUGAGGAAUAUAGUUGGAAGUAUAAGACGAACCCUCGGGACAUAGGUGUUCUCAACUUGGAUGAUGACAGCACGGAAGAAAUUGUAUCCCCGCUUUGGUGCAGCUGGCCCAGUCCCAUAUGGAUAACACCCAGUCUUACAGUGAUGAACUUGUUAUUGUACGAAUAG